CGUCCUCCGUCGCCAGAGCCGCCUUCCUUCGUCCUUCCUCCUUCUCCACCCCCGCAAAGAAACCACCAAUUCCAGCCCUUUCCUUUUCCUUAACCUCCGCCGCCGGUACUAUUCAUUAUAGUUUGUUUAUAAAACGCAGACAGAUGGCUUCGGAGAGCUUCAAGUUCGGGCCGUACAAUAUCGACAGUAGGGAAGUAUUCUACUCCACCAAGCUAUCCUACGCCCUGGUUAACCUGCGCCCUCUUGUUCCUGGUCAUGUGCUUGUCUGCCCAAGGCGAGAAGUGAAGCGCUUUGUUGAUCUCACUGCUGAUGAGACCAGUGAUCUUUGGAUCACAGCACAAAGGGUUGGUAGCCGGCUUGAGAGUUACCACAAAGCAUCAUCUCUCACACUUGCUAUUCAAGAUGGACCCGAAGCCGGACAGACUGUACCCCAUGUUCAUAUUCAUAUCCUCCCACGGAAAGGUGGCGACUUUGAGAAGAAUGAUGAGAUUUAUGAUGCGCUGGAUGAAAAGGAGAAGGAAUUAACGCAAAAGCUUGAUUUAGACAAGGAAAGGAAGGACAGAAGCCUCGAGGAAAUGGCACAAGAUGCCGAAGAGUACAAAAAGUUGUUUUAGAAUGUAGAUGUUCCGAUAUGCCGCACAAUAUGUAAUGUUUUUCUCGCCGGAUGUUUCCAUUGUGUUUGGAUGGUUUACUAUAAUUGUAGCUGGAUUUGAGUCCGAGCUUGAUAGUUGUAGCUGGAUUAGAGUCCGAGCUUGAUAGAUGUGUUAAGUUGUUAACGUCCGUCGGCUCCCGGUGGUUUAUGCUCAUUUGUUUAUGUUAUCUGACAACAGUUUCAUCAUACAUUCCAAACAGAUUCAA